GGUCUAUGCGUGGUGCCUUGAAACUGCUUGACGUACAUGCUUCGGAUAUUCGCCUGUCAAAAAUCGAACGUCAAAUUUAUUUUUGAGCGUGUCUGAGGCAUUUCUCAAGUGUGUCAACUUCGAAUUCCACAAGUACAGAGUAUCUGGCAGACCGAGCGCCUUCGUCGCUCUGGUCCUGUCCGAAACGGCGCCAACCCUGGUUUUCUCGCAAUCACUAUCUAUCCGCAAGGCCGCUGUAUUUCUAACGCGGUUUCGAGUAGCGGGUCACUUUUGAGUGUCUGAAUCUGGUUUUUUGUGCCAGCUCGAUGCUGCAAAACGACGCAUUGACGAACUGGAGGUGCUGGUGAGGCAAAAACAAGCCAUGUCUUCUGGACAUGAGGAAUCGCGAGAUGAAAAGGGGAGUGACAGAAAUGUCGCGAUGGUCGUGUUUGGGGCGUCAGGUGACUUGGCGAAGAGGAAAACGUAUCCUGCGCUGUAUCACUUGCAUGCAAAAAAGCUGAUUUGCAAGGACGUUUUGGUUGUUGGAUACGCUCGAACGAAGAUGAAUGCGGACGAAUUCGGAGCCUACAUGCGCGACGAUGUGCUCAAAAAAAGCGACGGAUUUGAGGAGUUUUUGUCUCGCUGUUGCUACGUUUCUGGGAAUUACGACAAACCAGACGAACUCCUGCAAAUCGACAAGGAGGUGCGAACGCGCCUUCAGCUUGAGCCAGAGGCUGCUUACGACAGAAUCUACUACUUGGCCCUGCCGCCGGUGAUGUACGAGCCGGUUUUGAAGGCGUUGCACGAUUCUGGGAUAAACAAGAAGGGCUCUACUCGCGUCAUAAUUGAGAAGCCGUUUGGCCAUGACUUGGAAUCGAGUUGCAGGAUGAACUCUAACCUGCUGAGGAUGUACCAGGAGAGUCAGCUAUAUCGCAUCGACCAUUAUUUGGGGAAGGAGAUGGUAUUGAACAUGAUUGUUUUGAGGUUUGCGAAUUCGGUAUUCGAGCCCAUUUGGAACAAUCGCUACAUUUCGAACGUGAAAAUCACACUUAAGGAGGAUUUCGGGACUCAGGGUCGCGCGGGCUACUUCGACAAGUACGGGAUCAUAAGGGACGUGAUGCAAAACCACUUGAUGCAGAUAUUUGCGCUGAUUGCUAUGGAGUCGCCCGUGUCGUUGUCGGCCGAGGACGUUCGGGACGAGAAGGUGAAGCUUCUUCGCUGCUGUCCGCCUAUCUCGAUGGACGACUUGGUGGUAGGGCAGUAUGGGACGGACGCGACGGGGAAGGUUGUGCCCUACCUAAAGGAGGAGGGUGUUGCUCAAGAUUCGAUUACGCCGACUUUCGCGGCGGCGAUUAUCAGGAUCAACAACCCUCGUUGGUCCGGCGUGCCCUUCAUUGUAAAGUGCGGAAAGGGGCUGAACGAGCGCAAGACGGAGGUGCGCAUACAGUUCAAGCAAGUGGGAUCUCACUUGUUCAAGGAUGUGGCUCCGAACGAGUUGGUGUUUAUCAUACAGCCCAAGGAGGCGAUUUAUUUGAAGAUGAUGAGCAAGGUGCCUGGAUUUAAGAACGAGCUGGUGCAGAGCGAGCUGAACCUGUCUUAUGAUCAGCGGUAUGGAAAUGGGGACCAGCCGGAUGCAUACGAGCGCCUGAUUCUGGAUGCGUUUAAGACAGAGCACAAUUUGUUUGUGCGGACGGAUGAAUUAGAGGCGUCUUGGAGCAUUUACACGCCUGUGUUGCAUUAUUUGCAAGCCAACAGAGUUAAGCCGACUAUAUACGAAUUUGGAACGCGGGGUCCGAAGGAGAGCGAUUACCUGGCUUACCGCUAUGGGUGGGAGCGUCAUGAAGGGUAUUGCUGGCCGCAGUAUAAAUCAGUAUAA